UCCCUGUCAGGACAGGGACUACUCAAGGAUCAUGAGAACAGCCAGGAUGCUACUUGAAUGGGUGAUACCAUGGCUCACUCUCUACCUUCCGCUAUCUGCAGCCAGCACUGCUACAGUUCAGAUGGUGACCAAAAUGCCAGUAAUUACAGAAACGAGACUUGCUCACAACAACCAGAUCUGCAGUACAUGGGGCAACUAUCAUUUCAAGACUUUCGAUAGUGAUUUCUUCCAGCUUCCCUCCACUUGCAACCACCUCUUUGCAUCCCAGUGUAAGGGAAGUUAUGACAGUUUCAACAUCCAGUUAAAACGGCAGGAGAUGAAUGGGGUCACCACAAUUGAGAAGGUCACCAUGAAACUGGAGGGGGUCUCUGUGGAAUUAGCCAACACUUCCAUCAAAGUCAAUGAUAAACUUGUCACUAUACCAUUCAGCCAGAUUGGCAUUUCAAUAGAAAGAACUGUCUCCCAUGUGAAAAUCCAGGCAAAGCUGGGUUUGGUCAUCAUGUGGAAUGAAAAAGACGCCCUAUGGGUUGAGCUGGAUGAAAAAUUCAAGAAUCAGACAUGUGGCCUGUGCGGUGACUUUAACGGAAUACAGGUUUAUGAUGAGUUCAUCCAAACAGAAACAGGGGGGUCUGUAACUCUUGAAUAUUAUGGGGAGGCCUGGAAGGUGAAUGGUCCAACUGAAGAGUGUGAAGAAAUCUCCUCACCAGCCACACAGAACUGUGCUAGUGAAGUAGGUGAAAAUGGAUUUGCUGACCCACACAAAGACUUAUGUGCAAACCUGCUGUCAGGACCGGCAUUGCUCAGCUGUCAAAACCUGGUUGCUACUGACUCCUUUAUCGGAGCCUGUGUGAAGGACCUGUGCCGCUGUAAAAACAGUACUUCAUGCUUGUGUUCAACUAUAUCAGAAUACUCCCGUCAGUGCGCUCAUGCAGGUGGAAAACCACAGCAAUGGAGGACAGCACAACUGUGUGCAAAAACAUGCCCUUUCAACAUGGAGCAUAAGGAAUGCAGUAGUCCUUGUACUGACACCUGCAGCAAUCAAAAGAGAAGCCAAGUGUGUGAGGAUCACUGCGUAGAUGGAUGCUUCUGUCCAAAUGGGACUGUCUUUGACGACAUUACACAAAGUGGGUGUGUAGCUGUAGACACAUGCUCCUGCUUACACCAUGGCAAGCCAUACAAGCCAGGGGAAUCAUACUCAAGGGCAUGUCGAAACUGUACAUGUACCCAGGGUCAGUGGCACUGCAAAGAUAUUGACUGUCCUGGUGUCUGCUCUGUGCUGGGUGGCUCCCACAUCUCCACCUAUGAUGGUAAAACUUAUACUUUCCAUGGAGACUGCACUUAUGUUCUCUCCAAGGAAACAAAUGGGACUUUCAGUAUCCUUGGUGACCUGGCCAAAUGCAAAAGAUCUGAUAAAUCAACUUGCCUGACUGCAGUCACCCUACUACUGCCUAAACACAUGAUGAUUGUAGUAGAAGCCAGCGGACAAGUUUUGUAUAAUAAACUGACCACUCAGCUGCCUCUUUUCAUGGAUGACAUAACAAUCUUCAAACCAUCUACAUUCUUUAUUGUUAUCCACACCAACUAUGGGCUUGAUCUCGAGAUUCAGCUUUCACCCAUUAUGCAGAUCUACAUCAAAGCCAGUGUUUCCAAUAAAGGACAACUCACUGGUAUUUGUGGAGAUUUUAAUGAUGUGCAAGCUGAUGACUUCCGAACCACAAAUGGAUUAACUGAAGGAACGGCCGGGACAUUUGUCAACACAUGGAAGACCAGGACAAGCUGCUCCGAUGUGACAAACAUACUUGGGGACCCCUGCCUUUUGAGCGUAGACAAUGAGAAAUAUGCCAAACACUGGUGUGCCUUGCUGUCGGACCCUAAAGGGAUGUUUGCUAAGUGCCAUUCUGUAAUAAACCCAAAACGCUAUCAAGAUUCUUGUAUUUAUGACACCUGUGCCUGUGAUAACAGUGAGGAGUGCAUGUGUGCUGCCAUGUAUUCCUAUGUCCAUGCUUGUGCUGCUGAAGGUGUCUUACUUAAUGGAUGGAGAAACACCAUAUGUGAGAAAUACACGACCGGCUGUCCAUCUACUUUUGUAUAUGGCUACCAAAUGACAAGCUGUGGUCGAACCUGCCGCUCUCUUAGUCAGUCAGACUUAACGUGUGCGGUUGAAUUUACCCCGCUUGAUGGCUGUGGCUGUGCUGAAGGAACUUACCUGAAUGAGAAGGGUGAAUGUGUGUCAGCCUCACAAUGCUCCUGCCAUGUGGGAGACACACUAGUACACCCGGGGCAGGUCAUCAGCAUCCACGGACAAACCUGCUCCUGUCAAAAUGGAGAACUAAGAUGUACAGGAAGCCAAAUAAGUGAAUCAUGCACCGAGCCAAUGGUUUUCUUCAACUGCUCAAGUGCAAAGCCAGGUGACACAGGAUCCGAGUGCCAAAAAAGCUGCCAGACACUGGACACGGAAUGUAUCACUACACAGUGUAUGUCAGGCUGUGUAUGUCCUGCUGGCCUGCUGUCUGAUGGUAAAGGAGGAUGUAUUACAGAGGAGAACUGUCCCUGCACAUAUAAUGGAGAAUACUAUAAUUCUGGACAGACUGUCACUGUGGACUGCAAUACCUGCACUUGCAAAAGGAGAAAAUGGGACUGUACACUUCGUGAAUGUGAUGGAACUUGUACCAUUUAUGGAGAAGGACAUUACAUCACUUUUGAUGAUAAGAAAUUCUCUUUUAAUGGAGACUGUGGAUAUGUCUUUGCUAAGGAUUACUGUGGGGACAAUAUGAAUGGCACCUUUAGGGUCCUGACUGAGAGCAUCCCAUGUGGAACAACUGAAAGCAUUUGCUCAACUGCUAUCAAGCUCUACUUAGGGAACCAUGAAAUUGUUCUUUCAGAGGAAAAUGUCAGAGUUAUCAAGCAAAGUGAAGGGGUGGACAUACCAUUUCAAGUCCACACUAUGGGCAUAUAUCUCGUCAUUGAGGCAAAGAAUGGUCUUGUUCUCAUUUGGAAUAAGAAAACAACACUCAUGAUCCAACUCAAGUCCACAUUCAAGGGGAAAGUCUGUGGUCUAUGUGGGAAUUAUGAUGGAAACAUAAAGAAUGAUUUUACCACGAGAAACAAAGAAGUUGUGGUUGAAGCCCUUGAGUUUGGAAACAGCUGGAAAGUGUCACCUACCUGCCCUGAUGCAAAAACACUAAAAAAUCCCUGCAUGCUGUACUCAUACAGGCAGGCAUGGGCACUGAAACACUGUAGCAUUAUUAACAGCAAAGUAUUUGCUAGUUGCCACUCAAAGGUGGAUCCAAAAAACUAUUAUGAUGCCUGUGUGACAGACACAUGUUCCUGCAACACAGGAGGAGAUUGUGAGUGUUUCUGCUCAGCUGUAGCAGCCUACGCAGCAGCCUGUAAUGAGGCCGGAGCUUGCGUGAAAUGGAGAACUCCCACGAUAUGUCCUCUGUUCUGUGAUUUUUACAACCCUGAUGGAAAGUGUGAAUGGCACUAUGAGCCUUGUGGGAAAAAAUGCAUGAAGACAUGCCGGAAUCCCUCAGGAGAGUGCUACAAUCACAUUCCGGCAUUAGAAGGCUGCUAUCCAAGUUGCCCAUCUGAACGCUCUUAUUUGGAAGAAGAUACCAUGAAGUGUGUGUCACUGGAGGAAUGUGGCUGCUAUGAUAACGAAAGGAAGCAUUAUAAGGAAGGUGUGGUCAUGCCUCCAAUAGAAAAUUGUCAAAACUGUUAUUGCUCUUCAACAAAGGUUAAGUGCAGCUAUGACAUCCAAGCUUGCACCUGUUUAUAUAGAGGAAAGAUUUACAAGUAUGGAGAUACAGUCUACGACACAAAUGAUGGAGAUGGAACCUGCAUCACAGCUUUCUGUGGGGAAAAUGGAAAUAUUACCAGAAUCAUGAAUCCUUGCACUUCCACCCAGAAACCACAAACAACAACAGUAUUUGUUUUUGAAACAUCUACCAUAACAGUGAUGGGAAAACCUACUACGACAGCCACAGAAAAACCUACCACAACAGUCACAGAAGAACAUACCACAACAACAGUCACAGGAGAACGUACACCAAAAACAACAGUCACAGAAAAACCUACAACAACAGUCACAGGAAAAUCUACUCCAAUACCUGUUGAUUGCAAGUGGUCAAAUUGGAAAAACAAUCAUUACCCUCAUUUUGAAGAUGAUGGAGACUAUGAACCCAUUGAAGAAAUUACUGAUAUAGAUCUGAGAGUUUGCAUAAAACCUCUGGAAAUAGAAUGUAGAGCAACACAAUACAAGGAUAUAGCUUUGAUCGAACUUGAUCAAAAAGUAACUUGCAACUCAACAAUUGGACUGAUCUGUCAUAAUAAAGACCAAAUACCUCCUAUUUGUUAUGACUAUGAAGUAAGAGUGAAAUGUUGCAUGGCGAGCUCAACCACCUCAGCAACGACAAAAAUGUCACCCAAAACAACAAUCACCGGGGAACCAACCACAAUCGCCACAGAAAAACAUACCACAACAACAACUUCAGAAAAAUCUACCAAAACAGCCACAGAAGUAACUACCACAACAACAGCGACAGAAAAACCUAUCACAACACUGGCCACAGAAAAACCUACCUCAACGGCAACAGUCACAGAAAAACCUACCACACCAGUCACAGAAGAACACCACAGAAAAGCCUACCACGAAAACAGUCACAGAAAAACCUACCACAACAACAGUCACAGAAAAACCUACCACAACAGUCACAGAAGAACAUACCGCAACAACAGUCACAGGACAACAUACCACAACAACAGUCACAGAAAAACCUACCACAACAACAGCCACAGAAAAACCUACCGAAACAACCAAUUUUUCACAGGAGAACCUACCACAACAGUCACAGAAGAACAUACCACGACAACAGUCACAGGAGAACUUACCACAACAACAGUCACAGAAAAACCUACCACAACAACAGCCACAGAAAAACCUACCACAAUGGCCACAGAAAACCCUACCACAACAACCACAGAAAAACCUACCACAACAGCCGUCACAGAAAAACCUACCACAACAACAGUCACAGAAGAACCUACCACAGCAACAUCCGUCACAGAAAAACCUACCACAAUAGUCAAAGGAGAACCUACCACAACAACUGUCACAGAGAAACCUACCACAACAGCCUCAGAAAAACCUACCACAACAGCCACAGAAAAACCUACCACAACAACUGUCACAGAAAAACCUACCACAACAGCCACAGAAAACCCUACUGCAACAACAUCCAGUGAAAAAACAACAUUGAGAGAAAAACCCACCACUGCUGCUGCCACAACCCCAGAAAAAGAGACAGUGACCACAGAAUCCACAGAAAAACCCACAAUAACCAUUGAAACUCAGACUGUAACACCUUCAACUCUUCCGUCUUCAACACCAGGCAGAACAACUUUGUGUUUCUGCAAGUACAUGGGUCAACUUUUUUCUCCUGGUAGAUUUAUGUACAAUAAGACUGAUGGAGAAGGCUGGUGUUUCACUGCAUAUUGCAAUUUGACAUGCAAUGUAGAGAAGCUGGCUAGACCAUGUCACUCCACUACUCCACCAACUUCUCGCACCACCACCACCACAACAAUCACCACAAACCAACCCUGUUCAUAUCUUAAUCCACCUAGAAAGCAUGGUGAGUCCUGGAGUUCAAAUGGCUGCACCAGAGAUAGAUGCGACAAUGGAAUUGUAAUGACAGAACAUGUGCAAUGUGAACCAGUGACCAAGGCUGUAUGUGAAAAUGGGCUCCAACCAGUCAGGGUUUAUGAUGAAGGAGGCUGUUGUUUUCACUAUGAAUGCCGUUGUACUUGUUCUGGCUGGGGAGAUCCUCAUUAUUUGACAUUUGAUGGCCAGUAUUACAGCAUGCAGAAAAACUGCACAUAUGUCCUCGUGAAAGAGAUCGUGCCCCAACACAAUUUUAAGAUUCUUAUCAACAAUGAAAACUGUGAUGCCUCUGGAACUGUGACCUGUGCUAAAUCCUUGAUGGUGUAUUACAAAAACUAUGAAGUUAUUCUUACACAGGACAGAAUCCCAAAGACCUUGAACAAGGUGUAUGUCAACGGCAAGCAGGUAGUCCCAACCUACCUUAAUGAUGACUUCAUCAUAACAAGUACAGCAAAUGAGCUGCUCAUGAGAAUCCCGGCAAUUAAUGCAGUUGUGAUGUUCAAAGGGCUUUUGUUCAGCGUUGACUUGCCGUUUGCCCUUUUCCACAACAACACAGAGGGACAGUGUGGUACCUGUGACAAUAACAGGAAAAACGACUGCCAAUUACCAAAUGGCCAGAUUAAUCCUACAUGCUCAGAGAUGGGAAGUUGGAUUGUACCAGAUAAGAACAAGCCAUAUUGUGAUAAGAAGCCUCCAAUACCAAUCCCAACACCAACACUCACACCCAUACCCUGUAAACCUGACAUUUGUGAAAUUCUGAUCAGCAAGGUGUUUGAGCAAUGCCACAAAGUACUCUCACCACUACCAUUUUAUGAGGCCUGUAAAUUUGAUGUUUGCCACGAGGCCAAACCCACCUUCGGUUGUUUCAGCAUGGAUGCAUACUCCAAGAUGUGUGCUGAAGCAUCUGUCUGCAUACCCUGGAGGAAUGCUACAAAUGGGCUGUGUGAAUAUACAUGUCCAAAAAACAAGGUCUACAAGCCUUGUGGACCGACUGUUGUACAAACUUGCAAUGCAAGAUACAAUGAAGAGUAUGCCCGAAAAUGCCAGGGAAUUAAUGGAAACCAGAAUCAAGCUUGUACUGGCUUCAUGGAGGGAUGUUUCUGCCCAGAGGAGCUGACUCUGUUCAGUUCAAAUUCUGACCUUUGUGUCUCCGUCUGUUGCACUGGACCUAAUGGCCAACCUAAACAGCUCGGUGAAACUUGGCAGAGUGGCUGUAAUCAGUGUACUUGUGAUAAGAACGCUCUGAAUGUUCGGUGUGAGCCUCUCAUAUGUCCCACUCAAGAACCAAUAACCUGUAAAGAGAAAGGAGAGAUGUUGGUGGCCCAAACAGAGGACUGCUGUGAGAGACUGACCUGUGACUGCUUAAUGAGCCACUGUUUGUUGCCAACACAGAAGUGCAAACUGGGAUUUGAAUUAGAAAUCAACAUGUCAAAAACUUGCUGCCCAUCUUACCGCUGUGUACCUAAAGGUGUCUGUGUCUUCAAUGAUACUGAGUACCAGCCUGGUAUGGAUUUCUUCAAAAACCCAUGUGAAUCAUGCCGCUGUACUGAAAGUAGGGACCCCAACAGCAAGUUGAACACUAUUAAGUGUCAUGUGGAGCAGUGUCCCCCCCCACUGUGUUCAGAGGGCUAUGUGUAUGAAAACACACCUGGACAAUGUUGUGGAUCAUGUAAAAGAAACAGCUGUGUUAUGGAGGUCCCAGGCUUCACUUCUCCGAUAAUUAUUAAGCCUUCUGAGUCGUGGUCACCACCAAAUGACAACUGUACCAAGUAUGAUUGCCAAAAGGUGAAGAAUGAGUUCAUAACCUAUCAAACAAAAACAACAUGUCCUGCAUUUGAUCCAGAGAACUGCGUUCCCGGCACUGAACAAAGCGACAUCAACGGUUGUUGCAAAACUUGUACUCCUCUUAAGAGCUGUCAAAUGACCAGGAACACCACCUAUCUGCAGACCAAGAACUGCAAGUCGGUUGUUCCAGUGGAAAUCACAGCCUGUGCAGGAUCCUGUGGAGCGUCCUCAUCAAUAUACUCUGCAGAAAACAACGGUUUGGUGCAUUCGUGCUCAUGCUGUCAAGAAAUGACCACCAGUACAAUGAAAGUGAAGAUGACCUGCACCGAUGGCAGCACAAUGGAGCACUCCUACAUUUCAGUUGACAAGUGUGGUUGCCAAGUCGCUGAAUGUAAAGACAACAUUAAAACUAAACUUAAUUAAACAGAAAAACUAAAAUACUUUAUUAAACUUAAGAAACUCCUCUCCAAAAACUAUUAGAGUCAAGACUUAAUAUGUGAAGGCACACACACUCCUUAGGAUCCAGCAUCCCCAAAUAAGGGUGAAUAAGUUAAACCUUUUAAACAACCGAGAUGUUGUGUCUUUAUAUCUCUUUUAGCUUUUGAAGAGGUUGAUCUUUUAGAAAACUAAACAAUGUGGUGUUUUCGGUCUUACAGGGUCUUUUUCUUACUUUUACUGUAAAUGACGUUAAACGAUACAUGAAUGUAGUUAGAUUUUGCAGUUCAAGUUCAUGUAGAUGUCAUUGUCUUUUAAAGAAUGGGAUUAUUUUUGUGGUAAAGUGUAAAAGAUUUAAAACAUGGAUUAAUUUCAAUGGUUUUAGGACCAUCAACAUAAAUGAUCUUACAACCCAUUGAACAUAUAAUGAAAAGAGUGUAAAGAAUAUCCAAACUAUCUUUGUCUAUCUUCUAAUGUGUUAAAUCUGUCAGUGUCAUUAAAACUCUCAUGUUUGC